AUGCGACUCCAGGGGCUAUUAGAGUCCUUAAGCGAUCCAGAUGAAGAGGUGGUCUUCUCCACCAAUGUCUUCAAGCACGGCCUUCAGCUUCCGUGGAGGCAUUUGGCCUGGGAAUUUAGGGAGAAUCGGCUUCAGAGAGCUCGAUUGCAAAACUUGAGAGUGCCGAUUUUGAGAGCACUGAGGAAGUGGGGGUUAUAG